AUGGCUGCACAAAAGGAAGCUAGGUUUGUGGGACAUAAAUACAUUAGCACAGAACAUAUACUACUUGGUAUCCUUGGUGAUUCAAAUGGGUUGGCUGCAAAAAUUCUUAAGUCUUAUGGAAUUGAUUUUAAUGUUAGUAGGGAGCAAGUGAUGAAGUUGGUUGGUAGAGGUGGUGGUUGCAGUGGUUUUUCUUGUAAAGAUAUAAGGUUCACUUUUGAUGCUAAGAAUGUUCUUGAUUUCUCACUCAAACAUGCCAAGAGUCUAGGUUAUGAUAAUGUGGACACAAUGCACCUACUUUUGGGGUUGCUUCAGGGGUCUAAUGGUACGGUAACUCAAUUGAUUCAAAAUCAAGGUGCUGAUGUAAACAAAAUUAGAGAACAAGUAAUCAGACAAAUUGAAGAAAAUGUUCAUCAAGUUAAUCUACCUGCAGAAGGUUCAAAGAAUCAAAUGGGAGGCCAAGUUGAAGAAAAUGUUACUGCUGAAAGUUCUAAGAGUAAUCAAAUUAAAUUUCCUGUUUUAACUCAGAACAAUAACCUAGGUGCAAGAAAAGAUGAUAACGCGAAUAAACAAAAGUCCGCCCUAGAGAUUUUUGGAACCAAUCUGACAAAAUUGGCACAAGAGGGUAAGCUUCAUCCUUUUGUGGGAAGGGAAGAGCAAGUAGAGCGCGUGAUUCAAAUAAUUUGUAGAAGGAUGAAAAACAACCCUUGCCUUGUUGGAGAACCUGGAGUAGGGAAAACAUCAAUCAUACAAGGUCUUGCUCAGAGAAUUUUGAGCGGAUCUGUUCCUGAAAAACUCAAGGGGAAAAAGGUGGUUGCAUUGGAUGUGGCUGAUUUUUUAUAUGUAAUAUCAAAUCAAGGAUCUUCCGAGGAAAGAAUCAGGUGUUUAAUCAAGGAAAUUGAACUAUGUGGUAAUGUGAUACUUUUUGUUAAAGAAGUUCAUCACAUAUUUGAUGCAGCAACAUCAGGAGCCCGUAGUUUCGCAUACAUUUUGAAACAUGCCCUUGAAAGAGGUGUAAUUCAAUGUAUAUUUGCUACAACAGUGAAUGAGCACAGAAUGCACAUGGAAAAUGAUACAACCUUAAAAAGAAUAUUUCAACCAGUUAAAGUGGUUGAACCAUCUGUUGAAGAAACCAUAGAAAUUCUUAAAGGCCUCCGCGGAACAUAUGAGUCGCAUUAUAAACUUCAUUACACAGAUGAAGCUCUUGUUGCAGCUGCAAAUUUGUCUCAGCAAUAUGUAAGCGAGCGUUUCUUACCUGAUAAGGCAAUUGAUUUGAUUGAUGAAGCUGGAUCACAUGUUCAACUUUGUCAUGCAAAGAACAAAAAGAGGGGUAAUGUUUCUAUUCCUAGUGUGAAAAAGUGUGAUAUUCAACAUGUUAUUUCUUCUUGGAUUGGAGUACCAGUCAGUGAUGUAUCAAAGGAAGAAGGCGAAAAUCUCCUCAACUUAGAAGACAUGCUUCACAAACACGUCAUCGGUCAAAACGAAGCAAUCAGCACAAUCUGCCGAGCUAUUCGCCGCGCUAGAGUCGGUCUAAGAAACUGCAGAAGGCCUAUUGCAAGUUUCAUGUUCACCGGUCCCUCAGGCGUAGGAAAAACUGAAUUAGCCAAUGCAUUAGCUACAAACUAUUUUGGUUCAAAAGAUUCAUUGAUAAGAUUAGAUAUGAGUGAGUACAUGGAUAGAUACAAUGUAGCUAGGUUAAUUGGAGCACCUCCUGGCUAUAUCGGUUUUGAUGAUGGCGGUCAAUUAACCGAAGCUAUUCGGAAAAAUUCACAUGCAGUUGUUUUGUUUGAUGAGAUUGAAAAAGCACAUUCAGAUGUUUUCAACUUAAUGCUACAAAUUCUUGAUGAUGGAAGACUCACAGAUGGAAAAGGUCAAACAGUUGACUUUAAAAGCACACUUAUUAUAAUGACUAGCAAUCUUGGUAACAACAUCAUUGAAGGGACAAAUAAUGAAACUAUGCAAAUUAUUGAUCAUAAAAAGAAUUUGGUUAUGGAGGAGCUGAAGAAUCAUUUUAGACCAGAGUUUUUGAAUAGGCUUGAUGAGAUAAUUGUUUUUAAAGAACUAACAAAAUUGGAAGUGGAACAAAUUGCAAAUAUAAUGUUGAGAGAAGUUUGUGAAAAAAUGAUGGUUAAAGAUAUACAUCUUUCUUUAACAUGUAGGUUUAGGGAUUAUGUGAUUCAAAAUGGAUAUAACCCUAGCUAUGGUGCAAGACCAUUAAGAAGGACUAUUGCAAGAUUUUUGGAAGAUACAUUGGCUGAAAAGAUGUUAAGGAAAGAAAUAAAGGAAGGUGACUCAGUUGUUGUUGAUAUCAAUGUUGAUGAGGGAAAUGUUGUUGUGUUGAAUCAAAAAAAUGUGAAAAGGGAAGAUCUUUUUAUAAGUUUUGUUGAUCAUUCAGAUGGUUGUGAUUAUUUAGUUGAUGGAAAGAGAAAAGACAUGGUUGGAAUUUCAUGCAAUUUGAUGGGAAAAAUGUUGGACAUGUUUGGACAUAGAAAAAGUCCAUAA